UUGCAUGCAAGUCAGACCUAGUUUGGAGUGUGGCGACUCACUGUGACGUGCCACAAUUUUUCCUUUUACUUUCUCUCGUACACGUUCAAUUCAUAGACUUACAUAUUUUAACAAGUUUUUUCAAUCUAAAAAUCCCGCAAGAGCGGGAAAAAUGAGGCCUGAAAUGAUUUUGAAGAAGAAGGCGCAGGAUACAUGGAUUGCUGUGGUUGCUCUUUUAUGCGUAUAUUAUGGGCUUGAGGUGGCAGCCAGAGAUUGUUACCUUGGCCAGGAGCCUGACUCUAACCAAGAGGGUAAACUCAGAUGGGUGUUACCAGUUGACUACAACAACCGCUGUAUUUGUACACAACUCCUACCAGGCGGAUUGAUUUUGUACACACCAGAGAGAUCGUACAUACCUUAUUACAUUGAUCAGCCACCAUUCAGAGCCACUGAGAAAGAUUUGGUCCUCUUGUUGGAUUGUCCAGUGGAUUUUUCCAUAAUUGGCAAACCAACUGAGCAGAGUUCAACGUAUCGUGCUGAAGCUAGUUAAGCCGUAGAUGGCAAAGGUUUGACAUCAACUGCAAACUUUGAUUGCACAC